ACCCUUAGUUAUGCCCUUGACCCUUGAAAUGCUUCUAGAACUUGAUUGGAGUCCACUUGUAUCUCUGGAAAGACCUGAAUAUGGCUGUGUACCGACGCUCCCCAUCCAAACUGGUUGAGCUUGAAUGAUUCUGCCUAGAAAAAUGGGAGAAACUUCCAAAAGAAAGCUUGUCGGGUCAUGUCCAGGAAGAAAAGGUUGUCAUUGCUGGCAAAGUUGCUUUAACCAAGUGCUAAGUGAAAGGUCUUAAUACUUACGGAAAUGAGAUAUUUCAGUCUUUUAUUUUUAAUAAAUGAACAAAACACUCCGUUACCUGUUAUUUAGUGCUGUGGAAUAUUCUAAUGUGCUGCCAUUUGAACCUUAUUGUGUGGCUUUGAUAUUGGUAAUCAUGUGUAGUUGUUCUUGAUUGAACUGCUGUAUUGAGAGGUGCUGCUCUUGUUUGAAGGAUCGUAUGAAGAGCACUCCACCAGCAGGGGGCAGCAGUAAGCCCAGUGAGGAGGACUCUGCGGAGAAGGGGAAAUCCCCCAGCAGCUCCAGCUCAAGCUCUAGCUCAGGGUUCACUCUGGGCCGCCCACAGGCUGCCAAAGGGAGGAUCCCCGAGGCAGGUGUCCCCCUCAGCCCAGAGGAUCAUGUGUGUCUGCUGGAUUGCAUCUCUCUGGACCUGCAGGAGAUGGACAUCUUCUCAGCGGAGCGUCUUCCGUGCGAGCCGUGGGACAGCGUCGGGAAGCGUCCGGACACCGACCUGUUCUUCACCUCGUACUCGGUGCGCCGGAGCGGGAGCAGCCUGCUGCAGGAGCGCUGCCAUCUGCGCCUCAAGGUGGAGCGCAACCUGGACCGGGAGUUGAGCCAUGCAGUGCCUGACAUGUCCAUCCACGGCAGCCUGUCAUCUGUACACUGUUCUCUGGACCUGGAGCGGUACCAGCUGAUCCGAGGCCUGCUGGACAACAACCUGGGCGAGCCUGUGGAGGAGUUCCUGAGGCCAUACAACCUGCAGGACCCCAGCAACUACACGGUGCUAAGUGGUGAUGUGUACACCAGCCUCUCCUUCCUGGUGGACAUGAUGAACGUGAGUCUGGAGCUGCUGGACAGCCCCAAAUCCACUGGGCACAAGCAGUCUCUGGCCAGGUUUGACUUUAUGAAAUCCAAGCUGCUCUUUGAGAGUUUCUCCAACGGCUCCAAGUCGGUGAACCUGGUGUCCCACUCCCUGCUGGCCUACGACACGCGCUACAGCGGCUCCACGGGGAGCUCCAGCACCAGUGAUGGCAAGCACAACGUGUUCGACUGCAUCCUGCAGCCCUCCAGGACCGGCAGCAACCGGGCCUCCCUUCAGCUGGAGCUCCACUACAGGUCAACGCGGGACUCCUCCUGCUUCACCGUGGUGCUGAACAACCUGCGUGUAUUACUCAUCUUUGAUUGGCUGCAGCUGGUCCGAGACUUCCUGCGCAUGCCAGUGGAGAAGGGCACGGCACCGCCACGGCAACGCUGGCCCAGUGGCGGCAGCGACUCCAGCACCGGGGGCGCUGUCAUGCCCAAAACCGUCAAGAGCGGUGUGGUGACCAAGCGGUCCACUGUGCCAGUCACUCAGGACCGGUACCUGGAGGUCAAGCUCAAUGUCACAGGAACUGAGUUUGUGGUAGUAGAGGAUUCCUCCUGUCUGGACACUAACGCAAUCAUUCUGAAAGGCACCACCGUACUAACUUACAAGCCUCGCUUCUUGGAUCGCCCCUUUUCUGGCAGCCUAGCUGGCAUUGAGGUGUUCUCAUGCCGACUGGGCAGUGAGCAGGAGACGGCCCUGUCCAUCAUCGACCCGGUCAACAUCCAGAUGGAGCUGUGUGGGAGCCCCACCUACCAGAGCAGCUCCGGCCUGCUGGACGCCUUUAACAUCGAGGACUUCCCCCCUCUACUGGAGAUCCAGUUCCCUGCCCUGGACAUCCGCCUGUCCUAUAACGACGUGCUGCUCUUCCUGGCCAUAGCCAAGUCCCUUCCCUCCGCUGGCUCCUCCGGCCCUAGCGACCCGGCCGCUGCCUCCCAGCCCGGCACAUCCACAGCCAGCACUGACACCCCUACCAAACCAAAGGACCUCUUCAGGCUUAAAACAGAGGUGCUGCUGGAGGGUCAGCUGAUGCGCUUACAGGACCUGGGCUUCAGGAAGGAGGACUGCAAACGGGCUCUGGUCCAGUGCAAAGGCCAGCUGGACCAGUCUGCCACGUGGCUGCUGGAGAACGCAGAGAGCACCCUGGGCCGGGCGCGGGCCGACUCCGACCCCAGCAGCCACUCGGCCCCGCCGCUCUCGGGCAUAGAGGUGAAGGCUGAGAGUGUGUGCAUCUGCUUCAUCGACGAUUGCCUGGACUGUGACGUCCCUCUGGCCGAGUUCACCUUCUCACGCCUGUACAUGCUGCAGAGGAUCGGCUCCACACAGGAGGGCAACGCCAGCUUCACUCUGUCUGGAGAUUACUACAACAGGGAGCUGUCAGGCUGGGAGCCCUUCAUCGAGCCCUGGCCGUGCUUCCUCACCUGGCACCAGCAGGCGGCCGGCCGUCUCCAUCCCCCGCGCCUCAAGCUCGGGGUGCGAGCCAAGCAGAGGCUGGACGUCAACAUCACCUCGGUCCUGCUAGAGCAGUACAGCACCACCAAGACCAACUGGCUGGCGGACUACUGCAAGGAGGAGGACGUGUGUGCGGCCCAGAGCUUGGCCUCCGUGUCCUGGAUGGGUUCCUCCGUGGAUCCCCCCUCCUUCGGCCAGAGUGUUCCUCUUGCCCACCUUAGAACUAGGAGCACUGCCAGCUUGACUUGCCUCGAACAGCAGAUUCAUGCACGAGCGGAUGUGAAGCUGUCUAAGAGGAGGCAGCCCUUCGUCCCUUAUGCCCUGAGGAACCACACCGGCUGCACCAUGUGCUUCGCCACGCUCACCACCACCCCCACCAGGGUGGCGCUGUCUCACAGCGGCAGCGUGGACUCCAUCUCUGAGGUGCAGGGGCCCGGCACAGACGACAUGCACAACGUCAGCCAGUGGAGAGAGGUGCUUCCUGGGGAGGAGAUUCCUUUCGAGUUUGAAGCCAGAGAGAAACUGAGACACAGGCAUACCCAUGAGCUGAAGUUGCACCAGCUCCUGGUGCGUGUAGGGGGCUGGGAGCAGGUGAAGCCCGUCUCUGUGGACAAAGUCGGGGUGUUUUUCCGCUACGCUAACCCUGACCGUAACAACCCCUCGAACACAGUGGGCAGCCCAAUCAGCAGAACAAACAUUAUACACCCACACGUUUAUUUCUCAGCUCUGCCCCCUGUGCGGGUGGUAUUCUCUAUCACCAUGGAGGGCAGUGCCCGCAAGGUCAUCACCGUGCAGUCUGCCCUCAUGGUGAAGAACCGGCUGGAGGUGCCCAUGGAGGUCCGACUGGACAGCCCCUCAGCUCCAGACAAGCCUGUGGUUCUGCCGCCCAUCCUGCCCGGUCAGGCCAUGGCCAUCCCCCUGCACCUGACCUCCUGGAGGCUGCAGGCGCGGCCCAAGGGCCUGGGCCUCUUCUUCUGCAAGGUGCCCAUCCACUGGACCAGCGUGGAGCGGCCCGGAGAGGUCAGCAGCAGCAAGAGGGAGUGCCAGUCAGCCGAUUUCGACGACCACCUCAAGCGUAACUUCAGGUUCUGUGUGGUCAUUAAGAAGGAGAACUAUCCUGACCAGAAGCCUGCUAAGACUGUAGCCGGCGGUGCCAAGCAGAUCUACCGUCAGCCUGGCCAUACCAUCUACCUGCUGCCCACACUGGUACUGGCUAACCUGUUGCCCUGCGACCUCAACUACUACAUCAAGGGCACCACAAUCAAGGGCACAAUGAAGCCGGGCAAGGAGGCUGUGCUGCACGCUGCCGACACGUCUCAGAACAUGGAGCUCGGCGUACUCCUGGAGAACUUCCCUAUGUGUAAGGAGCUGCUGAUCCCGCCUGGCACGUCAAAUUACGUGGUUCGCAUGCGUCUGUACGAUGCCAACCAUCGCCUCCUGUGCCUGACCAUCCGCAUCAUCCUGAGGGCACAGGGGGCACUCAAGAUCCUCAUCUCCUCCCCCUACUGGCUCAUCAACAAGACCGGUCUUCCCCUCAUCUUCCGCCAGGACAACACUAAAACAGAUGCGUCCGGCCAGUUUGAGGAGCACGAGAUGGCCCGCAGCCUCAGUCCUCUGCUAUUCGGCUACACGGACAAGGAGCAGCCUAACAUGUGCACCAUGCGCAUCGGGAAAGGCAUCCACCCUGAGGGAGUCCCCGGCUGGUGUCAGGGUUUCUCUCUGGAUGGAGGCAGCGGUGUGAGAGCGGUGAAGGUCAUCCAGCACAGCCUCAGACCUGGUCUCAUCUACAACAUAGGCAUUAACGUGCGCAAAGGGAAAGGGCGAUAUCGUGACACCCACAUUGUGACCUUUGCCCCGCGCUACCUGCUCGACAACCGGUCCUCGCACAAGCUGGCCUUUUCACAGAGGGAGUUUGCCAGAGGAAAGGGCACGGCUAACCCCGAGGGCUACAUCUCGACGCCACCCGGCUCCAGUGUGGUGUUCCACUGGCCCAGGAAUGACUACGACCAGCUGCUGUGUGUGCGCCUCAUGGACAACGCUAACUGCACCUGGUCCGGAGGCUUCGAGGUCAACAAGCCCAAGUCUUUCCACGUCAACAUGAGGGAUACCCUGGGGAAGUGUUUCUUCCUGCGCGCAGAGAUCAGCUUGAAGGGAGCCACCUACCAGAUCUCCUUCAGCGACACAGACCACCUGCCCCCACCCUUCCGCAUAGACAACAUCUCUGAUGUGCCCAUCCAGUUCUGGCAGCACGGCGUGGUCGACAUCCGUCUGCACACAGAGGUGAAGGCGGGCUCGGAGCUGGACUACGCCUGUGACGAGCCCACGCUGCCCCCCUACCUCACGCUCACCGUCAAGGGCGCCGGCUCGUCCGAGGUCACGGCCGACAUGAACUUCUUCCGCGAGUACAACAAGCUCUACUACGAGAACUUCAUCUACAUCGCCGCCACAUACACCUUCUCUCAGGAUGCAGGGACGAGGCCUGUGGGGAAGAAGCGCGUGUUGAGGUGUGCUGAGCUGGUGCUGGAUGUGGAGCCCAAGACACAGAGAGUCAUCCUCAAGAAGAAGGAGCCAGGAAAGCGUUCCCAACUCUGGAGAAUGACAGGGACAGGGAUGCUCUGCCAUGAAGGCUCCUCCCCCCCACAGAGCAAACCUGCUCAGCCCCGCCCCCUGGACUCAUCCCUGGUCUUGGACAUCGCCGGAUUGGCUGCCGUCACAGAUAACAGCUAUGAGCCCCUGAUGUUGAGGAGGCCAGACUCCAGACGCAGCACCACCCAGACCUGGCACUUCAGCUCUGGCAUGCUAACCUGCGGCCUGCCCAGGCUGGUGGUUCAGGUGAAGGGCAGUGUGUCGGGGCUGUUUGACGGGGCGGAGGUGGUGCUGGGACCCGACUCUGGCCUGCUGUCACCGGCCCCAGAGCAGCAGUUCAUCAACCAGAAGAUGAGGCCCGGGUCAGGGGUCCUGUCCGUGCAGGUCGUCCCCGAUGGGCCCACCAGAGUCCUGCAGAUAAGUGACUUCAACCACCGACGCAUGAAUCGGCCCUCCAGUACGGAGGAGAACGAGAUCAAAGAGGCCACAGAGAAGAAGGCCCCUGAGGAAGAGCUAGAGGUGCUGGUGAACCUCGAAGACGGUGUGGGCGUGUCUCUGGUGAACAAGGUGCCUGAGGAGCUGGUGUUUGCCACGCUGUCAGGGAUCGAUGUCCACUUCACCCGCACCGCUGGCAGCCAGGUGCUGGAGAUGAGCGUGCAGAAGAUCCAGGUGGAUAACCAGCUGCUGGGUACCACUCAGCCUGUGAUGUUGUGCGUCACCCCCGCCUCCGGCGAGAGCAGCAUCGUGGACUCGGGCCCUGCCCUCCAGGUCAACGCCGUCAAAGUCCCCAGCAACCUCAUGCUCACUGACCUCUUCAAGCAUCUGAUGGUAACUGCGCGGAGAUUCACCGUCAUCAUCGAGGAGAAACUCCUGCUGAAGCUGCUUACCUUCUUCGGAUACGGCCAGACUGAAGAGCUGGAGAAGCUGGAUGAGAACCUGUAUGAGAAGAGCAGUGAGGACACGGGCACUCCUAAGCGCUACUACUUUGAGAACCUGAAGAUCAGCCUCCCUCAGGUCAAACUCAGCGUGUUCACCUCCCACAAGCUCCCUCCAGACCUCAAGGCGCUGAAGGGAACCCUGGGCAUCCCACUGAUCCGGUUCGAGGAUGCCAUCAUCAACAUGUACCCUUACACCCGUGUGCACCCGUACGAGACCCAGGAGAUCAUCAUCAACGACAUCCUCAAGCACUUUAGAGAGGAGCUGAUCAGCCAGGCGGCUCAGAUCCUGGGCUCCGUGGACUUCCUGGGCAACCCCAUGGGCCUGCUGAACGACGUGACCGAGGGCGUCUCCGAGCUCAUCAAGUACGGCAACGUGGGCGGCCUCAUCCGUAACGUCACCCACGGAGUCUCCAACUCGGCGGCCAAGUUUGCUGGGACCCUGUCCGAUGGACUUGGGAAAACGAUGGACCAUCGACACCAAAGCGAGAGGGAGUACAUCCGUUACCAUGGCGCCACCAGUGGAGAACAUCUAGUGGCUGGUAUCCAUGGCCUGGCACAUGGCAUCAUCGGGGGCCUGACCAGCGUCAUCACCUCCACGGUGGAGGGAGUGAAGACCGAGGGAGGAGUCAGCGGCUUCUUCUCCGGCCUGGGGAAGGGCCUGGUCGGCACGGUGACUAAGCCUGUUGCCGGGGCGCUGGACUUUGCCUCGGAGACAGCGCAGACUGUGAGGGAUAUGGCCAGCCUUAGCAACCACAGGCUGGGUGUGCAGCGCGUGAGGAAGCCUCGCUGCUGUAAGGGUCCUCAGGGUCUGCUGCCGCGCUUCUCCACCACGCAGGCGGACGGACAGGAGCAGCUCUUCCAGCUCACCGACAACAUCCACUCAGAGUUCUUCAUCGCCGUGGAGCCCAUAGACUCCUACUGCGUGCUCAUCUCCUCCAAGGUGGUGUACUUCCUGAAGCCGGGUGAGUUUGUGGACCGGGAGGCCAUCUUCCUGGAGGUGAAGUACGACGACCUCUACCACUGCCUGGUGUCCAGGGACCAUGGGAAGGUGUAUGUCCAGCUCACCAAGAAGGCCGAGAGCACCGGCAGCGGAGUGGCCAUCCCAGGGCCGUCACAGCAGAAGCCCAUGGUUCACGUGAAGAGCGAAAACCUGGCUGUGAAGAUCUCCCAAGAAGUCAACUAUGCCAAGAGCCUUUACUAUGAGCAACAGCUGAUGCUGCCGCCCAGCGAGAACGAGGACAGCUUGCUGCUGGACUCCUAAUGAGCUCAUCCCUGCAGGCUGGCAGGUGGGGCGUCUACACUCAUCACUUCCCCAACACUGUUUGUUUCGGAGCUCCCACCUCAUCACUGUUGAAGGCAUCAGCCCCAAGGACCAGACACCCUGGCAUGGAGGGACUUUUGUUAUGCAAUGCAGACAAAUGGAGAGGGUCCUGUUUAUGCCCCGCCAAGCACAUUAGAUGAAAUAUUAUUAAAGAAUAUGCAAUUAUUUUAUCAAGUGACGUGAAACAAAAAAAAAAAAAAGGAAAUUUAAAAAGCUAUUUUUGUUUAACAAACGUGUUUAUAAGAUUGCAGGUAAUCCAAUACGUUGCUAGAUGUGCACAUAGUCUUAUAAAUGUUUGUGUAUAAGUACAUAAUGUACAUAUGUGUAGCUCUACACCAACACUAUCUGCCCUGUACAUAUAUGUGGUAAAGUAAUUAUGAAGGUUUAUAUUGAAGUUAAAACUUAAAACUUUUAAAAAAAAACUAACACAAAAACAAACAAAUGCUGUACAAAACUGCCUUGAAUUUGUUUUCUCUUCUCUGUGUAUGGAGAUGUUUUUCUGGUGUGUGUGUGAGAGUGUGUGUGAGCUCACUUAUAAAUUGCACUGACUGUAGAUGUGGCGAGCCUGCAGCUGCUCCCACCACUCACCAGUGGCUCACAGCCCAAACUGACACAGGGAAACCAUAACUUGACUGCACUCUCUCACCCCCUCACUCUCUCACCCUCUCAUUCUCUCCCUCUCUCACUCUCUCACCCUCUCAUCCUCUCAUCCUCUCACCCUCUCACCCUCUCACCCGCUCACCCUCUCACCGCACACUGCCCACUCCUGACUGGGCCAUCUGCACAUUCGCCCGAAAAGGAGUAUUUCAGCUUUUUUCUCUUUCUUUCUUUCUUUCUUUCUUUCUUUGUUUUAAUCUAUUUUGUAUUAGAAGGAUUCAUAUUUUCUUUUCCUCUGUGAUCCCUCUUCCUUGAGAGAGAGAGAGAGUGUGUGUGUGUGUGAGUGUGGUUAGUGUGUGUGUGUGUGUGUGUGUGUGGUGAGUGCUAUCCCCUCUCUGCUGUAAAGGGACGCAGUCCUCUUUCGGGGUUGGUUGCCCAUUUAUCCAAAGCUUGUGAAGAGAGAAAGUGACGAGUGCUUGAGCUUCUUAAUAAACUGACCUUGAUGUGAAGUGCGUAACUAUACAACUUCAACUUUCUCUCUCUCAUUUUUUCCUUCUAAUAAAGCACCACUGCUCAGCAGUAUUUCAGACUGACGUUCUGUGCCUUUUAUUGAUGUUACUGGACGUGUUUUGGAUUUUCCAAAUGUAAUAAUUCUUCUUCAGUCUGUUUCACAAAUGCCAGGGUCAACGCUGUUCUCGUUUUUCUGCAUUUCUCCAUUUCCCAUCUCAUCUCAUGGCUCCCAGUUCAUGUCCAGCUAUUCCUCCAUCAGCAUGUACCCAACUCUGACCAUGUAGGCUUCUUCUAUUCCUCCAUCAGCAUGUACCCAACUCUGACCAUGUAGGCUUCUUCUAUUCCUCCAUCAGCAUGUACCCAACUCUGACCAUGUAGGCUUCUUCUAUUCCUCCAUCAGCAUGUACCCAACUCUGACCAUGUAGGCUCCUUCUAUUCCUCCAUCAGCAUGUACCCAACUAUGACCAUGUAGGCUCCUUCUAUUCCUCCAUCAGCAUGUACCCAACUCUGACCAUGUAGGCUCCUUCUAUUCCUCCAUCAGCAUGUACCCAACUCUGACCAUGUAGGCUCCUUCCAUGUGAACUCUCUGGUUAGAUGGGAUGUAUUAUGCCACUGCUUUGGCACCCUCCUGGUGAAAUCAUCCUCCCAGCUUGAAUGCAGUUGAUUUAUCAGGAGACCCUCUUUUUAUCUGCUGACUCCUCCCAGGUGUUCGCAGGUAAAUCAUCAGGUCUGCCUCAUAAAACACUGGAGAAGUAAUUUAAGGGUUUACUCGUAGUAAACACAUGUAGCUGUGUACACCAUGUUCCAUGAAGGGCAUUAUUAUGAAUGUGUAGCACUGGAGAGAGAGAGAGAGAGAGAGUAUUAUACUGGCUUUGCAGUCCAGUUAAAAUUAUUUCAAUAUACUAUUCUUCGGUGACUGGAAAUUCAGCUGUUAAAAUGCAACCAUGUCAGUUUUAUUUACUUUACUUUGUAAAUUGAAUUUUAAAAUCCUUGAUCCUUGGCUUAGUCACUGAGUAUCUUUCGAGGUGUUUUAUGAAGGACUCCAUGUGAGAUUAGUCUUUCCUAACAAUCUCCCUCGACUACAGACAGGAAGUGGCGAUCGCCAGUGACCUGGGAAUAGUUUUAUGACCCCCAGCACUCAGUCCUGUUCGGACCCAUUAACCAACAAGAACACUUUUAAGUGCUGCUUUAAGGGGCCUUUUGAUGUUUAUUUCCCAAGAUCUUCCCCUAAAAUCCUUAAACCCUUGCCAGUGAAAAAGGAAAAACUCACUGGAAAUGUAUCCUCUUGCGCUGUUGAGCUACUUUGUUUAUCCUUCACAUUUUACAUGUUACUGAUACACAGGUCAAGUAGUAACAGACCUUGAAAAGGUAUUCCAUUUUUUUAGUUUUCCAUACAGAACUUCUCUGUCUCUGUGAAAAGGCAUUGGAUCUCACUGACUACUGUAGUGCUCAUUGUGUUUAAAGGCACUGUUAUUCAUUCUUUUUUUUUUACUUCGGUCAUACUGAAAACAUUCUCACUACAGCUACCAUAUGUGAUCAUACAGUGUGCGAAAAUGUGUGUGUUUUUCCAAAAUGUACAUACUGUAAAGGUUGAUAAUAAAACUAAAUGAAAUGAUUGGUCACUGGAA